UCCUUAUAUCAAUUUGUUUCUUUUCAGAAAUCCAGAUAGGAAGUGGUGUUUGGCCACACAGUUUUGACCAGGACAUCAGAGGCACCAGGACAGCUGAAUAAAAAAGAUGCUAAUGUUUGACCCCGUCCCUAUCAAGCAAGAGGCCAUGGAACCUGUUUCAGUGUCAUACCCGUCCAGCUACCUGGACCAAAUAAAGCCAAACAAAUACAGCGUCAUUUACUCCACGCCGGGCAUGCUGCACAGCAAGUUCUACUCGAGCGCCGAAGGCCUCUCCAACGGGGUGCAGGUGGAGCCCGUGGACCUCACGGUGAACAAGCGGGGCUCGCCGCCCUCCACGGCGAGCUCGCCUUCCCCGCUCAAGUUCCAGCCGGUGCCCAGGAGAGCGUCGCCCGCGCUGGCGCUCUCCACGCCCAGCUCGCCCCUCCGCAAGUUCGCGCCGUCGCCGCCGGGCGUGCAGCCGCUCUCCAUGCCCAUCACCAUCCCGCCCGUCAUGGCGGCCGCGCUGUCGCGCCACGGCCUGCGCAGCCCCGGGCUGCUCCCGGUCAUCCAGCCCGUCGUGGUGCAGCCCGUGCCCUUCAUGUACGCGCCCCACCUGCAGCAGCCCAUCGUGGUGUCCACCGUGCUGCCCGAGGACAUGGAGAGCCCCACCAGCGUGCCAGUGCCUGUCAUUGAGUCAUAUGAAAAACCUGCACUGAAGAAAGCGAUUAAAGUGGAACCGGGAAGUGAACCAUCCAAGACUGACUUCUACCCUGAACAAGUAUCACCUCCCUUGAUGACCUCCUUGUCUCCCCAGCAAGUUAUGUUGCAAGAGAAUCACCCUUCGGUUAUAGUUCAGCCAGGAAAGAGACCUUUACCCGUGGAAUCUCCAGACACGCAAAGGAAACGCAGGAUACACCGGUGUGACUACGAAGGCUGCAACAAGGUCUACACUAAGAGCUCCCACCUGAAAGCCCACAGAAGAACGCACACAGGUGAAAAACCAUACAAAUGCACUUGGGAGGGAUGCACGUGGAAGUUUGCGCGAUCCGAUGAACUGACACGGCAUUUCCGCAAGCACACCGGCAUCAAACCCUUUCAGUGCCCAGACUGUGACCGUAGCUUUUCACGCUCGGACCACCUUGCUCUUCACAGAAAACGCCACAUGCUUGUCUGAGUCUCUUCUGCCCUUGCCUCCCGUCACGUUUUUUUUUUUUUUUUACAUGUGCAUUUUAAGUUGGAUUCAGCUGGUCUGAAUCUCUGAGUUUAUACCAUUAAAAGCUUACAUAUGGUCAGUAAGAGGUGUUAUCUAACCCUUCUAUUUCCUUGCCACGGGUCAGACCUAAAGAAUGUGAACACUUUUUUAUUUUUUCCUGGGGAUGCUAAGCAAACCCUUUCAGCAGACAGUAUGUUUAAUGUAUUCAUUCGCAAAUAAGGGAAGUUGUAAACUAACAACUUCUUUUGGUUUCUUCAUAUAAUCAACCCAUCAUAUACUGAUAAAAGUAGAAAAUAUUAUUGAAUAUCCAGAAUGCUAGUCCUUGCCAGAGACUUUAUUUAUGAACCCUGUAGAGGAUGCACUCUCAUUUUAUGCUCAACAAUGCAAUGAAUGGAUGCUCCCAACCUCAUUGGUUUCUGCAGUACGGUUAAUAUAGUUCUAGAAAGACAGCUGAUUUGGAAAUGCUAGGUAAAACUAAUCGGCAUAAUUAUUUUGCAGAAAGAAUAAUUGAAUCCUGAUAUCACUUACCCCAGUCAAGAAGAAAAAUCAUCAGAAAUUGGGCUAUACGUAGAGUUGUAUGGUUAAACCAAUCCCAUCUGUCCUCUGUAUUAUAGUAUAGUAUUUAACCUAUUUUUUACUGCAUAGCACCCUGGUGGAUCUGUUAAAUGAAGACCUCGUGUGACACUCUAUGUCUGUCUGUUGUGUGACUGUAUGGAUGGAACACACACGGUACUCUCCUAUAACAUGGCAUUAAAUUAUAUUCAUAGAAACCUGCCACAGCUUAUUUCAGGAAUAUAGACUAUCCCUCUAUAAUCACUUCCCUACAUUUCCUCUAAGUGUUUUUUU